GAACCAUGAUUGAGAAAAUCUAUAAAUAGAACACACAGACACCCACAGACACAGAAGCACCUGUCAGCUAUAUGCCAUGUAUUACUGCAGCACAUCUCAGUGUGUGUUUAAUUUAGCAGCAACUGCUAAACUGAAUUUUAUGAAGAGCUCUACAAGCUUCUAAACAUUUCAACGUUAAUUUGUUUGAUGAGUUCCGAAAGAAAUUUUUACAGGAACUAUCCACUCCAUUAAGAUAAGAGCAGCAUUCAGAAAGCAUGUCUCUAGACGUAAAGGAAAAGAAAGAGGUACGUCUGGUGUUUAUGGGAGCUGCCGGCGUGGGCAAAACAGCUCUAAUCCAGCGCUUCUUGCAGGAUCGGUUUGAACCAAAGCACCGGCGCACUGUAGAGGAGCUCCACAGCAUGGAGUACGAGGUGGCUGGCAUCAAGGUGACUGUGCACAUUAUGGAUACAAGCGGCAGCUACUCGUUCCCAGCUAUGCGCAAACUCUCCAUUCAGAAUGGCGAUGUCUUCGCACUGGUCUAUUCUGUAGAUGACCCCGAGUCCCUCGAAGCCGUCAAGAGUCUGCGCAAGGAGAUCCUGGAGAUCAAGGAGGACAAGUUCACACCAGUGGUGGUGGUGGGGAACAAAACAGAUUGUAAGGGUGAAAGAAGGGUAAAUGCCGAAGACGUUGCUGCCACCAUGGAGCUGGACUGGAACAACUGCUUCUUGGAAGCUUCGGCUAAAGAGAACGACAAUGUGCUAGAGGUGUUCAGAGAGCUGCUGCAGCAGGCCAACGUGCCAAGUCGCCUGAGCCCAGCACUGAGGCGUCGCCGAGAGACCUUCCCCAAGAACGCAGGAGCACGGCCACCCAUGAACAAGACCAACAGCUGCACCAUGUCCUAAAGUUCACAGGACAAACGAGGAGGAUCCACUGGAAACUCCUCACAACAUUUUAACCCAUUCAAACACAGCAUCAUUGUUAUUAUCUCAGUGCUGACAAUAGAUAAGAGGGAAACUGCUCAAAAGAAGAAAAGGGGAGGUAAAGGAAAAAACUGUCUAUCCUCAAAAUGUGAGGAAAAAGCAGGAACUGGUGAUUGUUUGAAAAGAAUACGCUGAAUUUCAUGGCAAUUCUUUUCAAAUGUAAGUUGCACUGAACUUCUGAAGCUCUGACGAAAGCUCACUGUCAAGUGUUAACCUGAUGCAAGUGGACUCUGGUGGACAAGCCUUUAAAAAAAUGCUAUAAAAAACUAUAACCAGGUUGUGUGGACUGUAGUGUAAACAUAAAAUCCAUUCAAAUCCAUUUUGUUUUGAAGGUUGCUUGUAUAAAAUUUGCAUUGGUUUAUAGGCCGUCAUUGCAACAAAGUACUGAGCCAUGUCCUAGGAUAAGUCUACAUCUUGUAAAAAAAAAAAAAAAAAAAAUCCAUGAAUGUAAUGAAACUCAUGUAGUUUUGAUAUUCUAGAGUUAAUUAUGUUACACAUUUUUUAUGUUUUGUUACUGUAUGAAAAAUAAAUAUUUAAAUGAUCA